UCAUCUUUUUUUUUUCCUCUUCUUCAUCUGUCUCCCGACACAGAGAAACUAAACCUAUUCCGAAUACCUUUUUUUUUCUUUUUUUUUUGUUGUUGUCAAAUGGGAAAUGGAGUUGCAAGUUUGAGCGGCUGUUGCGCGGGAACAACUGCCGGAGAAAUUUCCCGGCGAUACGACGCCGCUUUGGUACACGACAAUCUCGGGCACUCCUUCUGCUACAUCCGACCCGAUCUCACCGGGUCGCCCCAUCGACCCGACCCGGUCACCAAUUUCCGUGCGAUCUCCGGCGCGUCGGUGAGCGCGAACCCAUCGACGGCUCUGUCCACGUCAUCAUUCUCUUCCGCCGCGGCGGACCUUUCGUCUCCGUACAGCUCCUCCGCGUUCGAGAGCUCCGGAUGCUUCGCGUCUCUCCCGCUUCAGCCGCUUCCGCGCGGCCCCACGUGGCAGUCCGGUCCGAUCAACCCAUCCGGGUCGGGUCAGAUCGAGCGGCGAUUCUUGUCGGGUCCGAUAGAGAGCGGAUUGUUUUCGGGUCCGACCGAGAAGAAGAAGAAGGAGAAACCGAAGAAGAUCAGAAGCAGCGGGAAGAACAAGAAAUUCUCUUCGAAACCAAAAUCGAAGAAGAAAUCCGUCACAUUCAAGAGCAUUGUCAUGAACUUGAUGUCCAGCAAGAUCUCUCGAUCGAAGAAAAGCGUAAUCGAGCCGAUCAGCGGUUCUGAUUCCGUUAACGAAUCGGAAUCCGACCAAAAACCCGACAAUCAACCACAGUCAAACCAUUCGAUCACUAGCUUGAGCAGCCAUGAAAGCCCAAGCUCUGACGAAGAAGAAAGCACUGCAUCCGCUUUGCAGGAUCAAACCCUUCAAUGGGCGCAAGGGAAAGCAGGGGAAGAUCGAGUACACGUAGUCGUUUCGGAGGAAAACGGUUGGUUUUUCGUCGGAAUAUACGAUGGAUUCAACGGCCCAGAUGCGCCGGAUUAUCUUCUCAGAAAUCUCUACACGGCCGUACACAAGGAGCUCAAAGGUUUGCUCUGUAACGCCUCCUCUGACGAAUCAUUAGACUCCAUUGACGAAACCUUCAGAUCUUCCGGACCAAACAGUGAGAACUGUCUGGUCACGAACGGGGACACCAUUCCUUGCGAUGCAAGAAGUCGAGGGAGGAGUAUGAAGUGGCGGUGCGAGUGGGAACAUAACUCGGGCAAUGACAGUGAUGAAAGUAGCAGCAAUACUAGUGAUCAGAAGGGAUCUGAAUCGGUGAUAAAUCAGAAGGAAGUUCUUCGAGCUCUUCUGCAGGCUCUGAGGAAAACCGAGAAAGUGUACUUAGAGAUAGCUGAUCAGAUGGUGAAGGAAAAUCCCGAAUUGGCGUUGAUGGGUUCGUGUGUUCUGGUGACGCUGAUGAAAGGAGAAGAUGUAUACGUGAUGAAUGUCGGAGACAGCCGAGCAGUUCUAGCUCAGAUGCCUGAUUUCAGAGCCGGGUUUGAGAGAAAGAGACGAGAACUGGAGAGAAUCAAGGAAGAUAGUUUACUUGGUGAGCAAGAAACCGACAGAGGAGGCGAAGAAACAUUCUUCAGCCGAUUUCCCAGUCUAGUUCCAGUCCAGCUCACCAUGGAGCACAGCACGAGAGUUGCAGAGGAAGUGAGAAGAAUCAAGAAAGAGCAUCCCGACGACCCGUCGGCAAUCGAAAACGACCGAGUCAAGGGUUAUCUGAAGGUCACUCGCGCUUUCGGCGCUGGAUUUCUCAAACAGACAAGAUGGAACGAUGCGCUUCUGGAGAUGUUCAGAAUAGAUUAUGUCGGAACGGAUCCGUACAUCACGUGCUCGCCGUCGCUGUGUCACCACAGACUAGCGUCACGUGACAAGUUCUUGAUACUUUCAUCGGACGGAUUAUACGAAUAUUUGUCAAACGAAGAAGUCGUAUUCGCGGUUGAAUCGUUCAUCUCUGCGUUUCCAGAAGGCGAUCCCGCUCAACACCUCAUCGAAGAAGUUCUCCUCCGGGCCGCCAGGAAGUUCGGCAUGGAUUUUCACGAACUGUUGGAGAUUCCACAAGGAGAUCGGCGGAGAUACCACGACGACGUGUCUGUGAUAGUGAUCUCUCUCGAAGGAAGAAUCUGGCGAUCUUCCAUGUGAAUAUACGAAUCAUUGGAAAUUACUUUUUUUUUUUUUUGUUAAUGGUGUUUUUGAUUAUUUCCCACCACAUUUUUUCAUCUCUUGUAUUUUACCAUAUAGUGAAAAAUUAUAUCACAUGGUCCAAA